AUGAAAUCUUCACUUGCAAACGAAGGUUCUUCUGUGCAAUAUAUUGAUGAUAUAUUUGAAGCAUCAGGAGGAGUUGCAGCUGAUAAUUUAAAAAAUAAAGGUCAAUGCAUAGUUUUAUUAUUAUUUACAUACUUAUCUGGUAACGAAAUUGAAGAAAGAAUAUCUUUUACUGUAUUUGAUAGAACGUAUACAUUAAAACCUAAAGGAUUAAAAUUAUUUGAAAAACUACCAGAACCAAGCCCUCAGUUAACUGCUUUAAUAAAAGGAAUGAACAAUAGUAAAAAUUCUAAUAACAGUCGAAUAGCAAUGGCUUCGAUAAAAAAUUUACACAUUUUUCUUCAAAGUAUUAUGGAUGUUAAACAUAAAAUUGAAUAUGCCUAUGAUAAUACUCAAGCCAUAUUUCCAGUAUUCGACAAAGAUCAAAUUUAUAAUAAAUUAUUAGACAAAGCACGUGGUUGUACUUCAAAAUGUCCUUGUUGUGAAAGACCUUGUGAUGUAGAUCAUAGUGCAAUUAAGUCCAAUCCAGGCGAUGAAAAUAAUCGUCAUGCCUGUCAAACUGGUCAUCAACUACGAGCAAUGGCUGGAAUUAAGUUUGAAAUCUCAAAUGAAGCAUCAUUAUUUCAAUGCGAACAAAUGAAAGAGGAUAAACCAAUUAUAGUUCGAGGUACAAAGAAAAAAUGGUCAGAAUUUAAGAAAGAUCAUACCGAUUGGGAUUUUGGUAAUUCAAUUACACCAGAUGAAUUAUUUAAAUUACAUGGUAAAUUUCUCAAUGUUUGGAGUAGAAUUGGCCCACGUUUAUGUAAAAUGUAUGAUAUGAAGUUUGUCACAGAAAACACUCCACAAGCUGCUCCAAAGCCAUUUCAUUAUAUAUUAUUACUUGAUGCAUCAGGAUCAAUGGAAGGAGAACCAUGGAAGAAUUUACUUGACGGUGUUAAAGAGUUCAUUAAUAUCCGUAUUGAAUCUAAUGCAGCAGAUCGUAUGACAAUUAUUGUAUUUGAUGAUAAUGCAAAGUUUGCUUAUUAUAAUGUCGACAUAAAAACAACUGAUAUUAACCGAAUACAAUUUACCCAUGGUAACACCAAUUUUAGUAAUGCGUUUGAUUUGGUAGUCAAAACUAUGCAAAUGGCACAACUUCAGAAUCCGAUGUCCAGUUCUGUUAUAAAUUUAGAUUUUAUAAUUAUAUUUAUGAGUGAUGGGCGAGCAGAGCGUCCCGAUAGACAAAUACAAACACUAAUAACAAUGAAAACAAAAAUCCAUCAGUUUUGGACUGUUGCACUUGGAUAUACAGCACUGGAUGUUUUAGAAGACAUCAAUCGACAAAUGGGUGGUAAUUUCACAAAAUUAAAAGAAUCAGUUAAUCUCGUUCAAAUUUAUGCUGAGAUCGCUCGAAAAUAA